AUGUGCCACCGCAUCUCUCUGUCAAUAAUGGCCCUCACCAAACCUUCGCGCCCCCCAUCCCCCUCGCGCCCACCAUCCCCCUUCCCUGGCCACCCCCCACCCCACGCACUCCCACCCCACUGCUCCAAACAUGCCUCCCUCGUCUCCUGCCUCGCUGCAGCACGCCUCCUCCUCCAUCCCGCUCGUCGAUCUGCGUGCCGAGUACGCCGUGCACGGCCAAGCCAUCUCUUCAGCGAUCACAGCAGUCGCCGCGCGCGGCUCAUUCAUCCUCGGUCCGGAAGUAGCCGAGCUCGAGGCCGCCCUCUCCAGCUAUGUCACUCCCCCCGAAACCGAGCACCCCGUCCACUGCAUCGGCGUGUCCGACGGCACCACCGCCCUGCAACUCUGCCUGCAGGCCCUGCGCAUCGGCCGCGGACACGAGGUUGUCACAGUCCCCUUCACCUGGAUCUCGACGCCUGA